AUGGCCUUCGCCAGCUCGCCCCUGCCCGCGCCGGCUUCCCGCGCCAUCGCGGGCCCCGCCCCGGAGUUCGCCUUCACGGCGGUCAACAGGAAGGGCGGCGUUUCGCUGCGGCGCCGGGGAGCCCAGCUCGGAGUUAGGGCUGAAGCUAACGAAUCUGGAAGUGCUUUAGCGAUUGAUGCCCUCUCCCAGGUUAAACAUGUUCUGCUUCCGAUCACUGAUCGCAACCCUUACCUCUCAGAAGGUACAAGACAGGCUGCAGCAACAACCACUUCCCUAGCAAAGAAGUAUGGUGCAAACAUUACAGUAGUUGUUAUUGACGAUAAGCCCAAGGAGUCAUUCCCAGAGCAUGAUACUCAAAUGUCAAGCAUUAGAUGGCACCUUUCUGAAGGUGGAUUUACAGAGUUUGGGUUGAUGGAGCGCCUUGGAGAAGGAAAGAAGCCGACGGCUAUCAUUGGAGAGGUCGCAGAUGAGCUGGAGUUAGACCUUGUUGUCCUUAGCAUGGAAGCGAUCCACUCUAAGCACGUUGACGGGAAUUUGCUUGCUGAAUUCAUCCCCUGCCCCGUUCUAAUGCUCCCCCUCUGAUCAGUUUGCUUGCUGGCUGUUUUUGUUUUAAGAUGAAAUUUCCGACUGUUUCCUGGAUACGACGAUACAUUUGGGUUAGCUAAUGGUUCUACCUUGUACGCUGCUGUCAUGUUAGAUUUGUGAUUCUGUGAAUAUUUGCAGGAACAUUAAGUGGUUUCUUUCUGAAA